CAAAGCCUUUCUUUCCCCUUUCCGUAAUAAUAUGUACAUAUAGUACGCAGCGUCCGCUGCAUAUUAUAAGGAGCCUGGCACUUCUCUCUUCUUCUUUUCUUUUUUGCUCACUCACAUACAUUCUCUUGUUAUUACAUCUUUGAGGGGUUAUUAAGUGCUUUUGUGCAGCAGCAGCAGCAGCAAGUGGAUAGACUUAUAUAUAGCCACUGCAAUCGAUAAAACAGAAUUUUUUCUUUUCUCUUUCUUUAUAUCAUGCCAGGAGAAGCAGGAAUCGGUCGUUGGCUUCGCUCCAAGAAACCAAACAGACGUACUCCUAACAGAUUGCCACCUGAUGCGCUUGCCGAAGGUCAAAGUUAUCUUUUGCAAGUCUCUUCGGGUGCUUACAUUUCAAUUUUUAAAGGCGUGGACGAAGAUCUUUACGCAUUUUCCAUCUUACGUUACCAAGAGGACGGGUCAUUGCGAUGGCUCGAGGCUAGAUACCUAGUUGGAGACUUUUAUGCUUUCCCAGCAUUUGACGAAGCAUAUAAUCCAUUGGUCGACUUUUGGUACGCUCUUGGGGCCAGUGUGGGACAGUAUUUGCCACAACAAUGGUUUAGAAUGUUUGAAGAAGCCAGUCGAAAGGAGCGCGAAGAUGCUUAUGACGAUGAAGAUAAAAGUCGUCGAGAAGAAGAAGAAGAAGAAGAAGCAGAAUGUCGUCAAGACAAUCGCGUCGUCGCUCACAUCAGCAGCAGCGUCAGCGAAAAGAACCUGAGUACCCGCAGAAAAGAGGUCAUGACGACAACAGAAAGAAAACAAAUAACAAGAUCAGCAACGUCAGCGUCAUGCAGGGAGAGACCUGCUGCUGCACAAGUUUUAUUUAGUGGCCAGCGAGCUCGACGUGCUAAUACCACUACAACUGUUGCUUAAAGAAAGAAGCGACAAGAACAAGUUGACAACCAGAACACACAUACACACAUAAUUUACAUGUACCAUCUCUUUUUCUUAUUUUUCUUCGAUUAUCUACCUCUCUGUUCUUUUAUCUGUCUUCUCUCUCCUUCUUUCCUCAUACUUUUCGAAUCAAUAAAAACCAUAAACGGGGCAGUGAUGGAAUCUCCUCCUCCGAAGAAUAAAAAGCGAGGCAUCAAUGGUGGCC